ACGGAACAAGAGGUGUGCCAUUAAUCCUACUCCUAUAGCUACGGAAAAACAACACCUGUUGGACACCAUCAUCUGUGUGACAUGUGUGAGAACUCUUUGGUUUUACAUGAGACAAGUUUGAGGACAGAGCUUUUGGAAAUUUAUUCAAAAUGGUAACCAGGAAGGAGGACACUUAGAAGCGCACUUUCAACUGUAAGGGCACCGUCAUGUACAGUAGAGACACUCCUUAUUGACUUUCGCACAGUGUCAUGGAGCUGAAGGUGUGGGUGGAUGGCAUUCCACGUGUAGUUUGUGGCCUAUCUGAAGAGACAUCUUGUCAGGAUGUAGUCAUCGCUCUAGCCCAGGCCAUAGGGCAAACUGGUCGUUAUGUGCUCGUCCAGAAACUAAGAGAUAAGGAACGGCAGCUUGUGGCUAAUGAACGCCCAUUGGAGUCCCUGGCUAAACUGGGCCAGUUGGGUAAUGAAGUGCAAUUUAUCCUACGUCGCACUGGCCCCACGACCAGUAAAGGCACUGACCAAGGCCGAGUCCCUCCCUUUCCCAGGCCCCCAGUUCCAGAGCCCCCCAAACACAAAGAGCCAAAAAAGGCUCUUACUUUUAAUCUGGGGCCUUCCACAUCACCCCGAACCCGUGUAAAACAUUUUGAAAAACCACAAAGAGACUCUCAAGCACCGAGGGUGUCCCCGUCCCCGUCUCCUUCCUCUUCCCUUGUCCAAGCUGGUUUGUCAAAAGAUGCACUCUAUCAGCAGAUUCUUCGACAACAAGGGCAGCUACAAGCUAUGCAGGCACAGCUGGAGACUCUGGAAAGGGAGCUUGGUGUUUGGGAGCGGGCUCCUCCUCCAACCCUUUCCCCUGACCUCCUUGAGAAAAUGGACUACCUACAGCAGGCUGUGAGGCAGAACGAGGCAGAUCUGGCUCAUGAACAGUACUGGGAAAAUGAAUUUCGCUCUGAAGUUCAGAAAGAAAAUGACAUUCUAAAGCAAAAGAAUGAACUCCAUGCAGCUCUCGAAAAACACAGUCAAAUGCUACAUGACAAAGGCAACCAAUCGGAGCAGCUGGAGCAUGAUAUUAAGCUGCUUUUUGAGCGCAAGAGAAAUGGUAUGCAUCAAGCCAGGCCCAGUGUUGAAGAGUCAGUACUCAUUGCAAAGGGAAAACUGGACAACCAGCAGCACCAAGGGGCUGAACUGCAGGCAUCGAUCGAAGUGACAGAAAAGGUGUUAAAGCUGGCAGAUGAGCAACUGCAGGCUAAAACAAAGGAACUGGAUGAUCUGAAUAAGGAGUUACGUCAGUGUAACCUGCAACAAUUCAUAAAGCAAACAGGAGUCACCCCAGCACAGUUCAGUCAGCAAACAGAUGACAUUGAUUUUGCUCUCCUCAACCCUGAUGGACAGAGUGAUGAAGAUUCUAAUUCCUCCAUCUUGGAGUUCAACCCUCGUACCACUGCCAAGCAAAUUUUGGGGAACCCACGCAGCCUCCAGAACCCACUAGUCUCCAGCCUUCAUCCGGAGGUCUUGUCAUCAUGACAUCAUGGCGAUAAAGUCUGGAGUGCAAUCCAAAGGAAUUAUUCACUGUUCACUUUAUAUUAUAAUGUCUAUAUAAUUUUUUUCUGUAUAUGUUAAAGAUAUUUACUUUUGUAUGAUACUCUUUGAAAUGCAUUUGUGACUUAAAAAUAAUGUAAAUACAGUGCUGUCUUUGUAAUUAUAAAACAGAUGAAGAUUUUUGAAUGUAGUUUAACAAUUUACAUAUAUUUCUUUUACUGAAGACAUACCAAAAUAAAGAGAAAUUGUUACAAGUUGGCUCAAUGAAUCCCCACCGCAAAGCAUUAAAGAGGCCCUAUUAUGCUUUUGGGGAUUUUACCUUUCCUUUAGUGUGUAAUAUAGCUGUUUGUGCAUGUAAAAGUCCACGCCAAAGGUAGUUACACUCUCCCAUAGAAAACACUGCUCUUGAACUGCCUGAAAUGCCUGGUUUGCAGUCCAGCCAUUACUUCCGUUAUUUAGUUAUGUCACUAUGUAACACAUUUGCAUAACGCCAGCCUAAGGGCUACUUUGGUUAUGGUAAGUGGCAUUACAUUUCUGACACGCUCUAAGCGGUUGACCAAUCACAACAGACUGGGCCAGCUGACCAAUCAGAGCCGACUGGUCUUUUCGGAAAGGGGGCUUUAAAGAGACAGGAGCUACAACAGAGUGUUUCAGACGGGGUGAAAAGAGGUGCUACAGCAAUGUACAGUAUGAGAAAAAUAAUGUUUUUUGAUCAUUAAAGCAUGUAAACCUAUUCUAGUAGACCCCCAAAAUAAAAUUAUGAACCUGUAAAUGAGCAUAAUAUGGGAUCUUUACGACACAAUCAUACUAAGUUAUAGACCUACACAUUACCAUAAAAAUGGACAAUUAUCCCAUGCAACCAAUUUCAAUUCCAUCUCUUUCUUCUCACAUAAUACAUCAUUCCAAAUCAAAAUGUCAUUUCCAUCUAUUUAUUUAUUUGGUAACUGCUGUAGUUGGGUAAUAAACACAAUUGUACAGUACACAAUAAUGUGAGGGGGACUUACCCCUGGAAUGGAUGCAGCAUCAUUCAAAUGCAUUAGUUUUAAGUUACUGAUGCCAUUGUAUAAAUUCACUAUUUACAGUUGGCCAUAAUUAAAUUACAUUAAUCCAUGAGUGAAAGUGUGAUCCUAACAUGGCAUCAUGAGGGGACCCUUUUCAUGUACUGUAGAAUAAAACAGUUUACUAAAAUGACUGGGGUCU